AUUCACCGAAGGACUUGGUUGUCAACUGUUGCUUUUAUUAAAAAUAUUUUCUUGGCACAGCGAUCCUACCGGUGACAUUUAGAAGUUUUGAAUGCAAAUAAAAACAAGAAAGUGAAUACCUUUAAUCUAGGGUAAAACGAGCGGUGACUAAGCCGUCAUUUAAAAUAUUCACCCACAUACCUUCCGAAAUUAUAACACUUGUUUUUGCUGAAUCUGUCAGAAUCACAGUCUUACAAAGUUUUGUCCAACUACCUUGAUUUGCUGUUAAUCAAUAAAAUUUAUCGCCGGAGCUACAUCACAAAACUUAAAGCCCACAAGCUGGCAACGCCGUAUGUCACUUAGGUUUUGAUGUGGUAGAUUUCUGUAGAUGUGUAGGAGGAAAAACGUCAAUAUUUUUAUUCAUUCUUAACAUUUCCAUUUUCCAGUGGGUUUUCCAAUUAUUAAAAAAGAGCACAGCUUCUUUCUCUCGAUGUUAAUGGCAUAUGGACAUUGAGUAUGGUCUUUUACAAAUUCUAAUAAUCUUUUAAUUCAACAAUACUACAUACCAUUUAUACAGAUUAUUUGAUAUAAUGGAUUCCUCACAGCACCAACAGCACAAUAUGCAUACGUCUGACAACAGUCAGGGUUUCCAUGAACAUGCAGUUGAAAGUCAAAACAGAGCAGAUACAUGUCCACAAAUCAGCAUACUAGGUGCACAGCAAGUACAAGUGAACCCUGCAUUUGCAACUAGUUCUUAUACAGAAGAUAUUCCGCCACCAAAACCAGAUUAUUAUGCUCCACCACCAUAUGAAGUUGCUACAAAGGGUACAAAGUUGCCAACUUAUGAAGAGGUGCAAAGGGAAAAACAUUUGGAAGGCCAGGACAUCUCUAUUCCUAUAAAUUCACCAUCACAAAGGCCAAUUCCAACAUUUAUUCAACCAGGUCCUGGCCCAGGUCCAAGAGUGUUAACAAUUGACAGUGAAAACUCUGAAGAUGUUGAUACAUCCCUGUUAGGAACAGACUUCAUGUUUUAUAUAGCAUUUUUUGUUGCAUUCAUAUUCAACUGGAUAGGAUUCUUAUUGUUGAUGUGUUUCUGUCAUACCAUUGCUUCACGGUAUGGAGCUCUAUCUGGGUUUGGUCUGUCUCUUGCCAAGUGGACUUUCAUUGUCCAACAUUCAACAGAGCUGGCAUCAAAGGACAAUAGUUGGUUAUGGUGGUUAAUCAUGACUUUUGGUCUCAUUAUAUGCAUCAGGUCAAUCCUUCAGUAUUUGAGCAUAAAGAGAGGUUGGCAUAUGCUCUCAGCUAGUCAUCAGGAGAGACUUCUUUUCUUUUAUUAAGCUUUACAAGUAAAAAUUAUAUAUUUAUAGUAUCUACAUGUAAGUAAUUUUAAACUGCUUUUUAGUAUCGUGUCAUUCCAAUAUUGUAAUUUCUCAGCUGUCGAGAAUCUCUACUAGAAGGUGAAUCACUUGUUGAAACAAAUUUCAUUAAAAUGUUAGAGCACAAUGUACACUAUUGAAAUGGGCAAACAUCUAAUUUUCUAAUAUAUUGCAUGUACUGGAGAAUAAUUCCGGCAUUUGUUCAUUCCAUAAUAUACCUACCAGCCUACAUGUUAUAAUCAAAAGUAUGUAGGUAUAUCAUGUAUGAAACGUUUGCUGUAGCUUUAGCAAAUAUUUCCUUAACAAAAUUUACUCCAGGUUUUGAUUCAAAAUUCCAAAACAAAAUGACAGUGUUGUAGGACGACCGCACACAGUUCGAAAUAUUUUGUUUCAAGGCGAUUUGUUUUGUUUGUUCUGCUGUGGCUUCCCCGAAAGAGGUCCAAACGUUUUUGGGUCAGAAAAACUUUUCUAUACACCAUCUUCCAGUUGUAAUUGAACAGCAUUUUUGUGAUUUAUCGAGUAAUGGAUGAGUGAUCAUUAUCUAAAGAAGUUCAUCCAGCUAUUAAAAGUAGAGGUACCACCGAAAAUUGAGUAUUACACUAGAGGAGGUUUUAUCGCUGAACUUAUCCCACACAACUUUAAUCCGAAGGACACGAUCCGACAGGUCGUGUUAUAGAUUCGUAAUUCAGAUGAUUGACGUCGAAAAGUUGCCAAUGUUUUGGCUUUGCAUGCGAUACAAUGAAAAGUUUUGCAGUGUUGAGAAACAAAAUGUUUCGAUCUGUGUGAGGCCGUUUAUCUACUAAUAUGCGUAGGUCGUGUUUCUCAUUGGAUACUCUUUUAUGUUAUAGUAAUUUAUAUUUAUGGAUGGUGCAAUUGAAGAUAGAAAUAAACAUUUGCUCUAUAUGUAUACAAUAAAUGACUACAUGAUGUUCAUCUGAAUCUUGGAACAUUCAUACAGAUAUCUUGCUUUGUUAUAAAAAUCUUAGUGGCUGUUUUAAAGAUAUAGGUGUGUGAAAUAAAACAUGAUUUGUGAUUUUUUAAGAGAACUUGUUAUAUAUUCUGAAUACCCCCUUUUAAUAUGUCAGUUCUGUACCUGCUGUUAUAGUAAUAAUAUAGUGAUUACAGAAAUGGCAAUAAAUUCUGUGUUUAUUUU